AUGGACUACAACGACAUCGUGCAGUUGACCGACAACUGCUUCCAGUUGUACGUGCUUCACGGCGACGACGCCGUCAAGACCAGCAUCAACUCGCUGCUUCUGACGGCCGUCGCCGAUUGUAUGGAUCGCGGUUUGAGUCGUCGCGCCGUCACACUCUCGGUGGGCAUCAUUCGGAAUCGGAUGAAUCAGCUUCUCGCCGAAUUCUAUCCGGGCUUCGAGAUCAACUGGCGCGGGAUGUUCGAGGAGAACACCGUGUUUCUGUUGGAGCAGCAUCGGAGUCUCGGCUCGCGUCCGUUCGAUCGCCGCCUCGUCCAUUCGCGUGCGCUUCUCGAGCUCGCGCGUCGCCACAGACGCACACCGUUUCUGAUUCCCAUCGCCGGCGCUUCUUCGAGUCGAACCGGACAACACGCAUAA